UCCGUAUACUAUAUAUACCCACCGCUCUUAUUUCAGUUAUACGUUAACUCUAAGUAGUGUACACCAAUUGCAAUCCAUCAAAAAGCUAAUCACAUAUAUUACCGUAUAUUCUUUCUUAAGUAUAAACAAAAUGGAAUACUUCCAUUACCAAUAUAUCCUCCUCGUCCCUCUCCUCGUCUACCUCUACCGCCUCGCCGACAGGAGAGGGAAGAAACCGCCCGAGCCCACCGACUGGCCGCUCAUCGGGAUGCUGCCGCGUGUCAUCCUCAACUUCCACCGCGUCCACGACUACAUAACCUCCGUCCUCACCGUCUGCGGCGGCACCUACAUGUUUAGGGGGCCAUGCUUCUUCAACAUCGACAUGCUCUUCACCUCCGAUCCUGCUAACAUCCACCACGUCUUCAGCCGAAACUUCUCCAACUAUCCCAAGGGCCCCGAGUUCCGCAAGAUCUUCGACAUCUUGGGCGACGGAAUCUUCGGCGCCGACUUCGAGCUCUGGGAGAUUCACCGCAAGACCACGCUCGCGCAGCUCACGCAUGCGGAUUUCAACGCCCAGCUCGAGAGGGCCGUUUGGCACAAGGUGGAAACCGGCCUAUUGCCGGUUCUGGAUCAUUUCUGCGCAGAGGGAAAGGAUUUUGAUUUGCAGGAUGUUUUCCAGAGGUUCACUUUUGAUAAUAUAUGCAAGAUCGUGUUGGAUUACGACCCCUGCAGCUUGUGCCUUGAUAUGCCUGACCUUCCCUGCGAGAAGGCCUUCAGCGUGGCGGCGGAGCCCCUGCUGCACCGCCACGUCAUCCCGCAGCGCAUCUGGAAGCUUCUGAGGUGGCUCAACGUCGGCUCCGAGAGGAAGCUGCUCGAAUGUUCUCGAGCUUUCUCCGAGUUCAUCUACCCGCGCAUCGUCACCGGGGAGGAACAGAAAAACGAGGCCUCUCUGCUCAGAGCUUUCGAAGAUGUUUACAAACAGAAGAAUAUGAGUGGUAGGAGCCUGAGGGAUUUCCUCAAGGACACGUCCUUGAAUUUGAUGUUUGCCGGGAGGGACACGACGAGCACGUGCCUGACGUGGCUCUUCUGGCUGGUGGCCCGACACCCUGCAUCGGAAAGGAAGAUUCUAGAAGAAGUGGAGGCGGAGCUGGGGAAGAAGAAGGAGUGGAGCGCGCAGGAGUCGCACAAGCUGGUGUACCUGCAUGGAGCUCUGUGCGAGUCGCUGAGGCUGUUCCCGCCGGUGGCGCUGGAGCACAAAGCCCCCGUGCGAUCGGAUAAUCUUCCGAGCGGGCAUCACCUGCCCCGUGACGCGAAGCUCAUAAUAUCGUUCUACUCGGUGGGGAGAAUGGAGAGCGUGUGGGGGAAAGACUGCUUGGAGUUCAAGCCGGAGAGGUGGAUUUCUGGGAGCGGGAAGAUCAAACACGAGGCGUCGUACAAGUUCCCGGCGUUCAACGCGGGGCCCAGGACUUGCCUGGGGAAGGAGAUGGCGUUCAUACAGAUGAAGAUGGUGGCGGCUGCUAUCAUUUGUGAUUACCAGGUGCAGCUAGUUGAGGGGCAUCCUGUUUCUCCUCGUGACUCCGUCAUACUGCAAGCCAAGCACGGCUUGAAGGUCAAGUUGUCCAGAAGAAAUAUUAACUAAUUAGCCCAACUGUGUUAAUAAUGACGUUUAUCCUGCAUGUUUCUUGUUUAAGAAGUGUGACAGCCAUGUUAUUUAAUGACGUUUGCAUGUAAGUCACACCAACUCUUUCCCUUUCAGUGAAUUAAUACAACAUUCACUUUCCAUUUAUAAGGAUAAAAA